AUACUUUAAAUAAAGUAAAAUUUUAUUCGUUUUCGGUAUGGAACAGUGCGUCGGUUCCCAAGACUAGCAGUGCGACAUUACCAUAUUCUUUUACAUACGUAAAAACGGGAUUGUGUGAAAUUGUGAAAAUAAAAGUGCUUAUUGAAUAUAUUUCUUUCGAGGGAAUUACUAAUUUGAAGUGAUAUACGGACGAAAAGUUUCGCAAUUGAUACACAAACCAACUCGUUCCAAGUAUCGGCAUCGAGUUGCGAGACACAAUGGCGAUGAAGCAAGAAAACUGGCGCGAUAUCAUUGCGGACAGAUUACGGGAGCGUAAUAAAACUGAAACCUCCCGGUAUGCUGAUAUUAUACAUUACAACAAUCGUCUCUUUGAUACGGCGGUUAAGCUUCGGCAGGAGAACCUUGACUUGAAAAUAGACAAAAAGAUCAGGGAUAGUGCCGGCGCGGUCGGGUCCGGUACUAGUGGGGCAGGUUUCAACGCGGACGUCGCUGCCAUUACGAACGCCCAAAUACAAGCACUCGAAAAGAAAGUGCUCGCCCAGCAGGAGGAAUUGACUGAGUUGCAUAAGCGGAAAGGUGAACACUCGCAGAUGGUCAUAAACCUCAACCAGAAGCUCGGCGAGCUGCAGCGUCUGCUGGGCGAGAAAGAGCGGGCCCUGGCCGACCAGACGGCACUAUGCGUUGCGCUAAAAGAUGAGCUGGAAGAAAUGAAAACGUCCCACGUGACGAUCAAAGACGAAUCGUUGGCCUCGCAGUUGCGUGCCAAUACGGCCGAAGAAAAGCUACGCCUGGUGCAGGACGAGAACACGAAACUGCUCAACCUGCUGAUGGAGUACAAGUCGCGCGAUGCGGAAAUCAUGAACAAGGAGAACGACAAGUUUCUCAAGGAGAAGAAGGCGCGCAUCGAAAGCGAACUGGAGCGGGCAAUCCGGGACAUCCCGGGACCAUCCACGCUCGGGCCGGACUUGGAUCGGUUCGAUUUCGAUGGGUUGCCGGAAGGCGUCGAGUUUAAAUUUGAUGCACACGAUGGGGAGGUGAAUGCCGUUCGUUGGAGCCCCAUCGAGCGCAUAGUGGCUACGGGUGGUGCUGAUCGGAAGGUUAAAUUGUGGGAUGUGGGAAAAGGUGUUUGUGAACAACGUGGUGUCCUUGUAGGGAGCAAUCAAGGGAUCAAUUCGGUAGAGUUUGAUACCACCGGUUCGAUGAUACUAGCUGCUUCCAACGACUCGGCCAGCCGAAUGUGGUCGGUAGUGGACCAUCGGUUAAGGCACACGUUGACCGGCCACAGUGGAAAGGUGCUCGCAGCCAAGUUCCUCGGGUCGGCCUUUCUCGUCACCGGUAGUCACGAUAGGACAUUAAAAAUCUGGGACCUCAAGAAUCGGUCAUGCACCGAAACCAAGUUUGCCGGUUCGAGCUGCAACGAUCUAGUCACUACGGAUAGUUUUUCGUUCAUCAGUGGGCACGUCGACAAGAAGAUACGCUUCUGGGACGUCCGGACAGCGGACUGUACGGCGAACGAGAUCCCACUGUUGGGUAAAAUCACUUCCCUCGAUCUGUCAAAAGACGGCAAAUUCUUGCUUAGCUGCGUACGGGACGACACGAUCAAUUUGCUUGACCUACGCCAGAAUCGGAUCGUGCGCACGUUUCGUAACGAUAAUUUCAAAGUUGGUUGCGACUGGUCUCGGGUAGCGUUCAGUCCAUCCAGCACGCGGAUUGCUGCCGGUUCGGCCGAUGGGUCGGUUUACAUCUGGAACGUCAAUGGUCCGCUCGAGACCGUCCUGAAGGAUCCAAAGACUACUGACCGCAAUUGGUUUUUUCACAGUGGAAGCGGUGCCGCGGUCACGGCCGUCAGCUGGCACCCGUUCAGCUCCACCCUGGCAUCGGUCGAUCGGGCCAAAAAGUGUACGAUCUGGUCGGGCACGAACGCUUAGCCCGACCGGGUGCCGCCGUCGCCGAUUAGGCCACCGACUGCAGCCACGUCCCUCCCAGCGCAAUCAGCUCCAGCGAGUCCACAGCCACCGGGUCCACCGUUGGUUCGCCGUUGUUGGAGAUUGCUGUUAAUGUUUUCGUUACUAUCGUUGUCCUUCGGCUUCGAGGAAGCCUGUCCUGCCUGAGUAGAGUCGAGACAUCCCCGUGGUUCGUCUCUGUAAAAGUGUGUGUUUGGUGUAUGGCGGACAGUUGGUCAGAAUGUGGUGGCUACUUUUUUUUAAACUACUCAUUACUAGGUAAGCACAAUGGCCUUUUUGCCGGACGGAUGGCGAACUCUUACCAGCGGCAGUGGUGUUCCGUUCAUUCGUGCAGGAUUUUUUGCAUUAAAUAAAAGA